GCUGAUGUCAGUCUCAACAGAGCUCUUCUCAUCAAAACCCUCGCGCCUCUUUCUGGAAGCCGUGAUCAAUGGCUUCACGUCAUAUCCUCUCUUCUCUCCUCCGCGCCACUUCUCGCCGAUCUCUGUCCAAAUCUUUAAACUCCAACCAUCGCCUGCCUUCACCUUACACCACGCGCCGCCCUUUUCCUUACGCCUACUUUCUCUCCCGCGAUGCUGAGUACGCCACAUCUGCGGCUGCAGCCGCUUCUCCUGCUCCAUCGCAGCUUCCUCCCGCUAAGAAAGGCGGAGGAGGUAAGAUCACUGAUGAGUUCACAGGAGCAGGAGCCAUCGGUCAUGUUUGUCAAGUGAUAGGUGCCGUCGUCGAUGUGAGAUUCGAUGAAGGUUUGCCUCCGAUUUUGACGGCGCUUGAAGUGAUGGGCCACUCGAUCCGGCUUGUGCUGGAAGUGGCACAGCACUUGGGUGAAAACGUGGUUAGGACCAUUGCUAUGGAUGGAACGGAGGGACUUGUUAGAGGGCAGCCCGUGCUUAAUACCGGAUCUCCUAUCACUGUGCCUGUUGGUAGAGCUACACUUGGACGUAUCAUAAAUGUUAUUGGAGAGCCUAUUGACGAGAAAGGCGAACUCAAAACCGACCAUUUCUUGCCCAUUCACAGAGAAGCACCAGCUUUUGUCGAUCAAGCUACUGAACAACAAAUCCUUGUCACUGGUAUUAAGGUUGUCGACCUCCUUGCACCAUAUCAAAGAGGAGGGAAGAUUGGGCUUUUUGGUGGUGCUGGUGUAGGGAAGACGGUGCUUAUUAUGGAACUUAUCAACAAUGUGGCUAAAGCUCAUGGUGGUUUCUCAGUUUUUGCCGGUGUUGGAGAACGUACUAGAGAGGGUAAUGACUUGUACAGGGAAAUGAUUGAGAGUGGUGUUAUUAAGCUAGGUGACAAGCAGGCUGAAAGCAAGUGUGCUCUUGUCUAUGGUCAAAUGAAUGAGCCCCCUGGUGCUCGUGCUCGUGUUGGCCUUACUGGUUUGACUGUGGCUGAACACUUCCGUGAUGCUGAAGGGCAAGAUGUUCUUCUCUUUAUUGACAACAUUUUCCGUUUUACUCAAGCAAACUCAGAAGUCUCUGCUUUGCUUGGUCGUAUUCCGUCUGCUGUUGGUUACCAACCAACUUUGGCUACUGAUCUUGGAAGUCUUCAAGAGCGUAUUACCACCACCAAGAAGGGUUCUAUCACUUCUGUGCAAGCCAUUUAUGUGCCUGCUGAUGACUUGACAGAUCCAGCUCCUGCAACAACCUUUGCUCACUUGGAUGCCACAACUGUGUUGUCACGGCAGAUCUCUGAGCUUGGUAUUUACCCUGCUGUGGAUCCUUUGGAUUCUACAUCUCGUAUGCUUUCCCCUCACAUUUUGGGCGAGGAACACUACAAUACUGCUCGUGGUGUGCAGAAGGUUCUCCAAAACUACAAGAACUUACAAGAUAUUAUUGCCAUUUUGGGAAUGGAUGAGCUUAGUGAAGAUGAUAAGUUAACUGUUGCCCGUGCUCGUAAGAUCCAAAGGUUCUUGAGCCAGCCUUUCCAUGUGGCUGAAGUGUUCACUGGUGCCCCUGGCAAGUAUGUGGAGUUGAAUGAGAGCAUCACCAGCUUCCAGGGAGUGUUGGAUGGAAAGUAUGAUGACCUUCCUGAGCAGUCAUUUUACAUGGUUGGAGGGAUUGAGGAAGUCAUUGCUAAGGCAGAUAAGAUUGCCAAGGAAUCUGCAGCCUAAUUAAAUCCUUACAUUACCUUUAUCAUCACCUGGAUAAUUGCGAAAAUAAUAUAGGUGGUGUUGGCAAUGCCAGCAACAGGACUGUUCAUUUUUUGGUUUCAAAUGUAACAGAUUUUUUUUUUUUUUCUGAUAUAUGUGUUAAUGAUGUUUACUCAUGAGUGAGAACUGGGGCCUGUUCUCCCAAAGCCCUCUUUUUUCUUGUUAUUUUUAACGAGGGAAAAUGGAAGAUGGAUGUGUACAUUAUUUUUCCUUGAAAAGGCUGGAUGCCCUAUAUCUA